GCUUAUGACUUGCCUUUGACCCCUUAUUUUCUAAUCCACUUGCCCACCUCGUCCAUCCUACCAUCUUUUACAUUUCGGACAGUCACUUCUUUCUCUGGCGAUUUUAUAGCAAUUUAAUCUUUGUCUCUCUACCGAGGACGAGCUGUCACCGCUGUUGUCAUAUAUAUACCAUCACCCCCCACCAAGGCCCCCCUCACCCACUAAUUGAGUCUGGCUCGGGUAUUAUUAUUCACCACGCGAUACACUAGAAGGGACCUGCCAACUCUUAGGCCACCCGCUGUCAUCCGUGGUUACUCUUCACCUUCAGCUUUGGUUUCCCGCUCGCUCGCUCCCUACGAGACAAUACGAUAACAUUGUGCGCGGGCACGCACAACAUGGCCUACCGGAAGUCGACAGGUAACCUCGCCUUUGCCGAGGAAGACAGACCUGUUUAUCAACGAUGGGAUCCGGAACGUUUCAUGCGCGAGCGCGAUCUUUUCGAGAGAAGCCGUAACCCACCCCGGGAAUUAGUCUUGGGCAGGCGUCGUGGAGACUCGAUCGAUGACCGGUCUGGUGGCAGAGGAACCCGUUUCGAGGAGCAUGACCGUAUUGUUGAAGAAGAUCGUCCGGGUCGUGGUCGUCGCAAGUCAAUCUACUAUGAGGAUGACCGUAUCAGCUUUGAAAGCCCCCCGCCUCCCCCUUCUCGUGGUGCUCUGGCCCCUUAUCGCGGAGCCCGUCAUGAGCCAAUAGCCGAAAAAUAUGGCCGCCCCAUGCGACGAGGACCUGCACCGCCGUCGCGACCACAAUUCGUUCGGCGGCAGUCUUCGCUCGAUACCUUUGACCGUCGACCGAUGCCGCGGUAUGGUGACCGUGAGCGUGAGCGAGAGGAGUAUCUUCCCCCUCUGGAUACACCAAUUCCACUUCCCAGACGCCGGCGGUCGCCCCCGAUUGCAUACGAAGAGAGGGACUAUGAGGAGAUUAGGGUACCGGAUCCAGAAUAUUAUGCCGAGGAGGAUUUUCGAGAGUUCCGCGAGCGGGACAAGAGCCGUCACAGGAGUCGAAGCCGCUUUGCCGUCAAGGAGGGCAGAGCGACUGAAGAGGAACCAGAACGGGAGUUUCCCCGCCGCGGCAAGACCAGAAUGCCAAAGCGGCUGGUUAGCAAGCGGGCCAUUCUCGAGUUGGGAUAUCCUUUUGAGGAAGAGGAGGAAACCAUUGUCAUCUUGAAAGCCCUCGGUAAAGAACACAUCGACGAGGUCAUCAAAGUCAGCGAGGAAAUGCGCGAUACUCGCACGACAUACAAGAUUGAGGAUCAUAAGGACAUAGAUCAUCAUCGUAUGCUUGAAGCCCCCCAACCCGAACUCGUCGAGACAAAAGUUGUCACGGAGACUGUCGCCGCUCCCCCACCACCGCCACCUGCUCCGCAACCUCAACCACAGCCUGUGCAGAUCAUUCAGCCUCCUCCGCCUCCGCCUCAAAUUGUACAUGCUCAACCACCACCGGAAUGGGACGAAGGCAGCGAUCACCAUCGCCACCAUUCCCGCCACCGCUCCCGCCACCACUCGCGCUCACAUUCUCGAGCUCGUUCAGUAGACGAGAGAGAAAUUGUGCGAAUCAGGGAAUCAUCUGAUGCCAUCGCCGGUCCCAUGGGGGCUUUGGUACUUGCUGAUCGUCACAAGGGUGAGCGCAGCAUCGAUGCGGAAAUCAGAGCGCUUGAAGCUGAGAAGAAAGCCCUCAAAUUGGAGAGGGAGGCACAAAGGCUGCGAGAUGGAGAGGUUGAAAUUGUGCGAGAAAGUCGUCCAGUUCGCAUUGAGAAAGAUCGUAAGGGUAGGUUGAGCCUGGUUCGUUGAGUUAUUAAGCAAGAGCUAGCCCUGAUAAUCUUGGGGUAGCACCGAGUUCUGGCCUCGUCAGGGCCAUGUUGACGACUCUUACUUGAGCUGCAAUUGUCAUUUCAUCCCAUUGAACUCUGCAUAUCAAGGGCCAAGGCCAAUCCGGCAAAGGCUUCUGUUUGUGCCAAGCCUCCCCGGCGUGGGGUUGCAACCUUGGGCCGUGGUUCUUGAUGAAGAAUUAAUAAACGAUCACUUUUAUCAAGGAUGGGACAAAGGGAGAGGCGCUUUUCGCUAUUUCGAAAUCUUUUUAUUUCCAAUAAUUUUGCGAAUUAUGUCAUGAUUCAUUUUGCAAGUUUCAUGAAUCAAUAUUGAAAUGUUGUUUGACACGGAGGAUUCUAAUUCGACCGUUGCAUACGGUCCAAUGAUACCAGCCCGACCAAGCAUAAUUUCCCGGACAAACUUGGUUCACAUUUAGUUCAGAUAGCGAAUGACGACGUC